CGUCCUCUUGUGGUACGUUGGCGUGGGCUGGGAGAAAAAAAAAAGAAAAAAAAAGAGGAAGGAGGAAUAUGGUUUCAUGUGACGCUCCUCCCGCUGUAGCGGAUCUCUGGUAGAGGCUGGUGGGGGGGAAGAAGGAGGCUGCGUGGAUCGGUGCUCAACAAAGCCGCGAGAAUACCUGAACCGAUCGCCUUCCACGGAGACCGAGCGAACGUAUAGAGGAGCACCGAGGAGACAUAAAUGGUGGAGGCCGUGGUGGAGUUCGACUACGAGGCCCAGCAGGACGACGAGUUGAGCCUGAGUGUGGGCGACGUCGUCGUGAACAUACGGCGAGACGACGGAGGAUGGUGGGAGGGCGAGCUGGGCGGCCGGCGGGGGCUGUUCCCCGACAACUUUGUGCGGGAGAUAAAGAAGGAGGCCAAGAGGGAUGGCGGACAGGCGAGCACGGUCAAAUCGGACCUCUCCAACGGCCGGGCAAGUCCUGUGUCCGAGCCCAGCACGAGAUCGGGCAAGAAAGGGGAGCAGAUCCGUAAGCGGCGGUGCAAAGCAGCGUUCAGCUAUGUGCCUCAGCAUGAAGACGAGCUGGAACUGAAAAUAGGGGACGUCAUUGACAUUGUAGCGGAGGUGGAGGAGGGCUGGUGGGAGGGAGUCCUCGGCGGCAAGAGCGGAAUGUUCCCCUCCAACUUCACCAAAGAGAUCCUGCUGGACUCGGACGGGCACUCCGGGGACACCUCGCAGGAGGACCUUCGCAGCCGCACCAGUAAAAACAGUCCUGGCAGUGAAAGCGACGGAGGGGACAGUCUGAAGUCGGAAACAGGCUCCGUGGAAAUCCAGCCCAAAAAGGUCCGAGGUUUCGGGUUCGGGGACAUCUUCAAAGACCAGCCCAUCAAGCUUCGCCCUCGCUCCGUGGAUGCCGACUCUGAGGGAGACAAGGUCGUUGAGGGCAAAACGGCGAGUGCAAGUGCCGACAACAUGAAGGGUGAUUCCGACAACAGAGGAAAAGGAGCAGAGCUGUGCAAAGUCCUCUUUCCGUACGAGGCGCAGAACGAGGAUGAGCUGACAAUCAAAGAGGGCGAAAUCGUCGCCAUAAUCACCAAGGACUGUGCUGACGCCGGCUGGUGGAUGGGGGAGAUCGGAGGAAGGCAUGGAGUCUUCCCGGAUAACUUUGUCAAGCUGCUGGAAGCCGAGAAAAAGAGACCAAAGAAGCCGCCUCCUCCCAGCGCCCCGUCGGCCAAACACACAGCAGACAAAAAGUCAGAAGUUAAGAAGGUUCCACCAGAGCGGCCCGAGCAGCUGCCGCAGAGAGACCCGGAUCGAGGUGAGGAGGUGAACGUGGGCGACCUCCCCAAGCCGUCCCUCCCCUCCGUCCUUCCCAAGAAACCCUUCCUUACAAAGACAAGCGCCUCCUCCUCCUCACAACCCCCAAGGCGCCCUGAGAGACCGCCCACUUUGGCGUGUGAAAGCCCCAAGUCUGAGGGCGGGGCUUCCACGCCUGACUCCGCCCUUGACAGGUCACAUGACACCGAUCUCGACCUGGACGCCGUGGUGCCGUCGGCGGAGAAACUCAGUCACCCGACGGCGACCCGGCCCAGGGUCACGGACCGCCGGCCUCGCUCACAGAUCAUCACAUCGUUGUCGCUGUCCAGCGCCGACCUGGACCACCCGGCACCGGAAGACAGGAAGGAGAGGGAUCGAAACAAGGAGGAUCAAGAACCCGUCCAGUUCGCCAGGAAAGGACUUCCUGCCAUUUCUGUACCUGAGGGUAAAGCGCCCCUGGCCGCCAAGUCCUCCUCGUCCCUCAACCCGCCAAACUGCGCCGGCCAUCGUCCCGCCUCUCCGUCUUCCUCCUCCGGUCUGAGCCCCUCCCCCGAGCUGCGGAACUCGCCCGUGACUCCGCCCACGCUGGAAGACCUCAGGAACCAGGUGCGCGAGCUGAGGACCUCCGUGGAGCUGCUGAAGAGCCAGCACAGGCAGGAGAUGAAGCAGCUGACCAACACGCUAGAUGAGGAGAAGAAGAUUCGCCUCGGUUUACAGAUGGAAGUGGAGCACAUAAAGAAGAAAAUGUCCAAAUGAGCCGUGGACGAGACGCCCCUCGCCAAGACAUUUGUGCCAAAUGAUGGUCGCCGAUGGACAUCAGCAGCGUCAUAGACUCAUGCAUCCUGUGCACCCCCCUCCCCUUCCCCGACCCCCGCCUACAUGAUGUCGCCUCGCCUUGUGUUUAACCUCAUUUCUAACGAGCCUCCUCUCUUGGGUUUAAUGAUGUCCGGCGCCGUGGGUACCGGCGGGUGUGUGGCCGGUGAGUUGCCGUGGCAACAGAAGGCGGCGACGACGACUAAUGUGAAGUGGGCGUGAAGGCCCAUCGGAACCUCCCGCAGGUCGGUCGGUCGCUCGGUUUCCAUGCCGCGGCCUUCUUGCCUCUUUACUCCUUCAUAUGUGUGUGUGUGCGUGUGUGUGUGCGUGUGUGUGUGUGUGUGAGACGCCCAAUUUUGACGAGAGGCACAUUUUAGCCGAGUGCAGGUCCGGGUUUGAUGGCACAUCGCUAAAGCUGGGGUUGUAUCCGGCAUUUUUCAACUUGCUCCUUUCAGUGCUGCUAAAUUGAAGAAUUGACCGACUCCAUCUUUGAGCGUAAAUAACUUUGUUACAGCACAAUCUUCGAAGGUACAGUUUGUAGGGGGGCCAAUCCAGCAGGGGGCAGCACCGCAUGAAGAACACAUUGCACAUGAUGGCAAUCGGUCAGUCCUCAAAUGAAUUUACCAUAUUUUUAACGUCGGAAAAGUGUGAACAAUAUGUAAUAAAUAUACAAACCCCGUUUCCAUAUGAGUUGGGGAAUUGUGUUAGAUGUAAAUAUAAACGGAAUACAAUGAUUUGCAAAUCCUUUUCAACCCAAAUUCAAUUGAAUGCACUACAAAGACAACAUAUUUGAUGUUCAAACUCAAACUUUUUUUAUUUUUGAAAAUAAUAAUUAACUUAAAAUUUCAUGGCUGCAACACGUGCCAAAGUAGUUGGGAAAGGGCAUGUUCACCACUGUGUUUACAUCACCUUUUCUUUUAACAACACUCAAUAAACGUUUGAUGAGAGAGAGAUUGAUGUCGGUUUUUGAUACUGUGCCGUCUGAGGGAUCGAACAAUGUUGGUUUCCGGCCAUGCCGCUUACGUGGAGUAAUUUCUCCAGAUUCUCUGAACCUUUUGAUGAUAUUAUGGACCGUGGAUGUUGAAAUCCCUAAAUUUCUUGCAAUUGCACUUUGAGAAACGUUGUUCUUAAACUGUUUGACUAUUUGCUCACGCAGUUGUGGACAAAGGGGUGUACCUCGCCUCAUCCUUUCUUGUGAAAGACUGAGCAUUUUUUGGGAAGCUUUUUUUACACCCAAUCAUGGCACCCACCUGUUCCCAAUUAGCCUGCACACCUAUGGGAUGUUCCAAAUAAGUGUUUGAUGAGCAUUCCUCAACUUUAUCAGUAUUUAUUGCCACCUUUCCCAACUUCUUUGUCACGUGUUGCUGGCAUCAAAUUCUAAAGUUAAUGAUUAUUUUCACAAAAAAAAAAAGUUUAUCAGUUUGAACAUCAAAUAUGUUGUCUUUGUAGCAUAUUCAACUGAAUAUGGGUUGAAAAGAAUUUGCAAAUCAUUGUAUUCCGUUUAUAUUUACGUCAUAACACAAUUUCCCAACUCAAAUGGAAACGGGGUUUGUAACAUUCAGGACCGAAAAAAGGAUUUUUAGCCACGUUCAAACAGUCCGACAACUGCUGUACAUUCCGUAAAAUAGUGCACAACUAGUGUCCACUAAGUAAUCUUUGUUUUUCAAAAUAAAAAGUUACACUCAGCACCCUUAGGUCCCAAAAUGGUCCCUCUCAUUGAAGAUGUUUUUUUUUUUCAGACAACUUCCGACCGCGCCGAGUUUUUAGUGUUUUUCUAAUAUUUUUCGAAGGGAAAAAAUAAAUAUAUAAAGGAUUUGGGAUGAGCGAAGACAAACAUUGAUAACUUUGUUUACACUAUUUACCCUUAGGACCCAAACUGGUCCCUGUCAUAAAAGUCUAUUGGUAUGAAUUUUGAAUACAACCUUUUUUUCCUUUAUUCACAAGGUAGAGGCUUAGAUUAAUAAGGUAUUUUUUUAUUUUUUAUUAAUGUCUGUUCACGAGAAAUGUCAGUGUGUUAGGAUUGAAGUCAAUAGACGUUCAAUAGAGGUUGCGUUGCAUUCAUAAUAAAAAAGCAAAGUGUUCAAACAAUUCCAUUAAUAGAGAAUCACAUGAGUGGUCUUUCAUAAAGGUGCCUCGAGGGUUAAGAGUAUUUUAGCAAGAACACAUCUUAAGAAACUAUAUAACUUUGUUUAUAAUUGUCUAGUUUGCCUUCAUAUAAACACACAGUUUUAAAUUUCAAUUUAAAAUGCACUUUUUACGGCCCCACAAGUCAGUGAUGGGAUGUUUGUUUAGCAUGUGAUGAUAAAGCAACACGUUUGAAGGAAUGUAGUCGUUAAAAGUGUGUGUGUGUGUGUGUGUGUGUGUGUGUGUGUGUGUGUGUGCGCGCUAGCAUGCACGGCUUCCUCCGCUCUAUACUAUUACGUAUGUGCACAGAAUCUAUGGCAACACAACACUGUGGCCUUCCUCUUUUUUGACUUUCUUUCUGUCACACAACAAAGAAAACAAGGUUGCAACUUGUUGUUCUUGACGUUCGGUCCUCUCUUUUCUCCAGGAUAGCGAUUAUAAAACAAGAAGAUAUAUAUUCUUUUAUAUUUCAAUGUUAAUAAAGAUGCUAUUAUUAACUA